AUUGACACAUUUCAAUUCAGAAAAUGAUAAAAUAGCAAUUUCCUACGGUAAUUGCAGCAUAUCUCUGUAACGAUUAAGUACAGUUUUUCGCGGAAAUUUCUCGGGAACGGGAAAAACGCUCCGAGAGAGAAAGAGAGAGAGAGAGAGAGAGAGAGAGAGAGAGAGAAGAAAAAAAGAGGUCUCUUUUUUUCCAGGUUAAUUUCGUACGAAAUUACGCAGGGUUUCCGAACCGACAUAGAGUAGAGCAGAAAGGUAUAGACAGAGGAAACGCGAACUAAUAAGAUAGUUCGAGACCAGAGGACACGUGUGGUAUACGUUUAACAGGUUCAGAGAAUGAGUGGGAGCGAGAGAAAAGACGAGGCGUAAAGCUGAGGACUGGUAUAAUUUCGACGACGAAGGGAAGGAAAGAGAAAUGAAUCGGAUUUAAAGCGAGCGAGACGCAGGAAGUGAAUCGGGGUGAUCGAAAGAACGUAUAGGGAUAGAAGAGGAAAAAAAAAAAGAAAAAAAAAAGAAAAGAAAAGGCAAGGAAAAAGACUUCGUCGUAGUCGUCGCCGUCGCCCGUCGUGGUAGCGCGUGGUGCGACGCGACACGUCGGAUCGGUCCCGGGACACACGGCCGUGCGCCGCUCCACGCUGCCCCACCCAACCUCGUCGGCCAUGCCGGGGCCGCGAGCCGAUCAAUACUUCGGCUCCGACACGAGGCACGGCGGACGCGGCCGAGCGCCGCCGAGUGGGGCCGAGCCCCGGCACGAGGCGAGCCGAGUUCCCCACCACGGGCGGCGUUGCCGGCUCAGUCGUUGUGCGGGAGUGGUCGCCGAGGGAUGUGUGGCAUCGUAACCGCGAGUGUGAUCGAGGAAUAAAGGGCCCGGCGUUUUAGUUGUUCUCUCGUUCGCGUUUAGUCCACGCUCUCUCUCUCUCUCUCUCUCUCCCUCUCGUUCGUCCACCUCGCGCGCGCGUGCUCCCUCCGGCUGUCCGAGGGGAAGGAAGAAGAGGAAGAGGAGAAAAAAAAAGGGAAAAUCUCUCCCGAGGAGUUUGGAGUAUAGUCCGCGAACUCUCGUCGUUUAUCGCGCGGCGCACGCAAAAACGUUCCUUCGCCGUUCCUCUUCCGCGCGCUCGUCUGGACUCGAGCCGGUGCACGGAUCUACGCACAGAUCGUGUAUUUACUCCAUUAUUAAUUGUACAAAGGACUGUAAGCCAUAGCCGACACAAUGUCCGUGGAUAAGGAGGAAUUAGUGCAGCGUGCGAAGCUUGCCGAACAGGCGGAAAGGUACGACGACAUGGCGUCCGCGAUGAAGGCGGUCACCGAGACGGGAGUCGAGCUGUCGAACGAGGAGAGGAACCUGCUUUCGGUGGCAUACAAGAAUGUCGUAGGAGCAAGACGUAGCUCGUGGCGGGUAAUCUCCUCCAUCGAGCAGAAGACCGAAGGCUCCGAACGUAAACAGCAGAUGGCCAAGGAAUAUCGGGAAAAGGUCGAGAAGGAAUUGCGCGAGAUCUGCUACGAUGUAUUGGGACUCCUAGAUAAGUUCCUGAUCUCCAAGGCUAGCAAUGCCGAGAGCAAAGUAUUCUACCUCAAGAUGAAGGGUGACUACUACAGGUAUCUCGCAGAAGUCGCCACCGGUGAAACCAGAAAUACCGUGGUAGACGACAGCCAGAAGGCAUACCAGGAUGCCUUUGAAAUCAGCAAGUCAAAGAUGCAGCCUACCCACCCGAUCAGGCUAGGUCUCGCUCUUAACUUUUCUGUCUUCUAUUACGAGAUUCUCAACUCACCAGACAAGGCCUGUCAACUGGCCAAACAGGCGUUCGACGAUGCGAUCGCGGAGCUGGACACACUUAAUGAAGACAGCUACAAAGAUUCCACAUUGAUCAUGCAGCUACUGCGCGACAACCUCACUCUGUGGACCAGUGACACGCAGGGCGACGGGGACGAGCCACAGGAGGGCGGCGACAACUAACCUUCCUACGCUUAAGUCCUUUCUAAACCUAAUAAGAACAUCCUAUUCUCUAUCGUCCCCCCGUCCCCCUGAAGUGCUCACCCGUAUGUCCAUCCACCCGGUUCCAUCCAUCCAUAUCCACCUAACCUCUCGUCCCUCGCGUACCUCGUUUCCUUCUUUCCUUCCUUCCUUCCAAUCGCAGGCCUCCUUUUUCCUUAAAUCUCUUCUUUUUAAGAAAACUGAUCCUUCUCUCUUUCUCUCUCUUUUUCUCUUUCUCUCUCUUUAUCCUGACAUAACCGUACACUGCUACCGAUGCCACCGCCACAGCUGCUAUGUCCGGUUCGAAAAAUUCGAACGUUAAGAGCCGAAUUAUUCACCCAUGCUCGAUCGUGCCCAUUCGUGGAUAAUGGCAAAUGAAAAAUCUUAAACAUCUUCUUUUCUUAAAAGAAUCGAACUUAAACAUAAAAUUGUAAAUUUGGUCGACACCUGGAGUAGACAGGAGGCAAGAACGUUGAUGCAACGUGUAUCAGAUCAAGAUAAUGCGUGGGAAAAACCAUUAUUAGCGAAGACGAUCGAGCAGUGCAUGGAUUAUACGGUCUCUCGCGUACGAAAUUUCUUAGACAAAAAGAAAUCUGUUUAUUGUCCCGUUUGUAUGGAGGAACAGGAAGGAGCGAAUUGUGGAUGAAUAGAGGAAAGGACAGGAGGAGACACAUUUACAUCUUCCCUGCAUACCCUAUCUCGUCGAUGCGAAAAUCGUCACGCGGACGCAGCUAACACGUGUGCGCGUGCACCUUCAUUGUCGAUUACGCAUAUAGCAGAAAAAAGGAAGCAAACGCUAGAUUAUUUGACUUUUGCGAAUAGGAAAAUGAUGUACUAUUAAAGAGUAAAUCAUACACAUCGGGACGAGACAUGGCAUGCAGAGGACCGACCGACCCACUGUCAUUACUCCCAAAAUCUGCUCGCUGCUUACCAUUUCAAAAGAAAAAACAAAAGAACACAAAGUUAGAAUAAAAAAAAGAAACAAGAUACAAGCCAAAAAGUAACAGCGCGGAGGUACGAGAAGAAGCGAAGAGAAUGAGAAAAUGAAAAAAGCACGCAUGAAUCUACUACAUUAUAUCCAGUUGUCAUUUAAAUUAAAUUUCACAUUGUCUAGCAAGUAACGAAUAUUAUUAUACGAAGGGAAGAACGCAGGAGGAGAAAGGAGAGUAAAAACAAAUACAUUAAGUUAUUAAGUUCCAAAACAAA